ACCGAUUCAUCUGGUCGCCCCUUGGGAAAAGAUGGCAAACCUAUUCCCACAGAUGCAAGCGGAACCCCCCUGGACAAGGACGGACAUCCACUACCCACCGACAGCAGCGGAAGCUUUGUCACAGUUUCAGCUGAAGAAGCAGUCACAAAGGAGUUGCCAACUGAUGAGAGCGGCAAUAUAAUUUAUCCAGUGACCAGACCGGACGGAUCCCCGUUGCCUACUGAUUCUUCCGGAAACUUUAUCACUGAGGAAGGCAUCAUAGUUGGUCCCGAUGGUAAAGCCCUACCUACACCAUACGGUGAAAAGUGUUCUCUAAAAAACCUUAAGAUGGAUAUCGUGUUUACAGUGGAUACUAGAAAGUUGUCCAACUCUACAUUCCAGAACAUUUUGCGGGCAAUAUCAAACUUUGCUGACAAGGUUGAUCUGUCUCCUGAUGUGACUCGCAUAGGACUAGUAUACGGCAAUAAAGAUAUUGUUGUACCACUUCCGCUUGGUGGCUACCAAGAAAAAGAACACAUGAGAGAUGAGCUGCGACGAAUUGAAUUUUCUUACGACGAAUCAAACGAUCGCGUGCCUCUGUAUGAAUCAACGAAACAACAGUUUACUAUGUUUCCACGAGCAGGCAGCGUCAAGGUCAGCGUGCUCUUCGGAAAGGACAUAAUAAGGUAAGU